UUCGUCAGUAUUUGGUUAGCGUUACUGCCUUUGCCUUCUGAAGUUAGCUGGUCUCCAACUCAAUUUUUGUCAACUAAGUGACUCUUUUAGUCUGCUAUACAUAGAUAUUAUUUGUUUUUAUUGGAUAUGAACCAGCAGAGAUGCACACCACGUCUUUAUAGAGUCUACAAACGUCAGCUUACCAGCUAUCAUGCUGACCUCCGGCGUGAUAAUAAGGAAGAUUCAUCAGCUGUUAUUUGAGGACUGGCCGUCCUGAUUUACAACCGAAAUCUCCAAAAGGAAUCAUUUUAGAGCCGCAGCUCUUUUCUGACACAUAUAGGAGAAUGCAGGCGUUCAAACUGACGCCGCGACGUGCGAAAUUGAUCAUUUCGGUUGGCCUGAUAUCGUCACUGGUCAUUUUCGCUGUGCACAAGUCAUUUGACGAGAACAAUGACUUCUGGUGGAAAUUCACAUCCCCUCGAACUGGUGUUAGACACGGAGAGCUAAUAGUGGUACGCAGUGCAGAGCCAGCUGGGCCUGCCCACAAAACGUUAAAAGUGGUGCACUUGGAUUUGAAAGGAGCUCCACCCAAACUGAGUUAUCUACGGCAGCUGCUGCCGUUGCUUUCAAACGCGGGCUGCGAUGCUAUCCUGCUGGAGUAUGAGGACAUGUUCCCUUAUCAUGGAGCUCUGGCUAACAUCUCGGCCAAGAAUGCUUACACGCAGCAUCAGGUGAUGGACCUGCUAUCCCUGAUCCACGACCUCGGCAUGGAGGCGAUCCCGCUAGUGCAGACGUUCGGCCACCUGGAGUUCGCUCUGAAAUUGCCCGAAUUCCGGCACCUGAGGGAACUGGACGCCUUCCAGGAGGUGUGUCCCUCGCAGCCCGCCGCGCAUGCGCUGGUGCGUGAGAUGGUGCGUCAGGUGAUGGCGCUGCAUCGCACAUCGCGCUACCUGCACAUUGGCUGCGAUGAGGUGUUCCAUCUGGGUGCGUGCGGCCGGUGUACGCAGAGGCAUGUCGACAACAGAGAAAUCUUCGCAGAAUACGUGACGUCAGUGGCAGAGCACAUAAAGUCCACCUACCAGGGCGUCACGCCUCUCAUCUGGGACGACAUGAUGCGCCAAUGGAGUCCGCAGUUUCUCACCUCAACCAAACUCGGCAGUCUGGUCGAACCGGUGGUCUGGGUUUACACAGAUGACAUCGGCAAACUGGUUCCGCACUACGUCUGGCACUGGUACAUGAAGACCUUCAAGUCCGUCUGGGUAGCGGGAGCCUUCAAGGGAGCGACCCUCUCCACUUCCGUACUCCCAGACGUGCGCAGACACUACAGCAACCAACAGGCGUGGCUGGAGUUUAUUUCGAAAACACCUGAGCGGGUGAACGGGUUUGUGUUGACGGGUUGGUCGAGGUAUGAUCACUUCGCCGUGCUUUGCGAGCUUCUCCCACCUUCCAUACCUUCCUUACUACUCAACCUACUACUGAUAACCUCUAGGAAACCUUCAAAAACUGAACAGAUCUACAAACUAUGGAAGUCACUCAUGCGAUGCUCCCCUUCAUCCGAGAUGACAAUUGAAACCUUCACAACCGACCCUCGAUCGGUUGGUACAUGUUCCUUCCAGGGCGCUGACGUUUAUAUCCUCAUGGGCAACUACCUCAACCUCAAGGAAACCGUAGACAAACUACACGAAACACUGACCGAGCAGAACGGUUGGAUGACUUACUAUAAUGUGAAACACAACUUCACAAGUCCGUGGAGACUGGUGGAGGAUUUCACAAAUCUGAACGGUAUCACACUUCUCAAAGAGGUGCAGCUGUUCAAGAAUGAGACAAGCGCUAUUUUGUCGACAUACUUCGAUGUGCAUGUGGUCAAUGAGUGGAUUGAACAGAGGAUAGAGCCGAUGGAAGUGAAGCUGCAGCGACUGCAGAAACAAAUGGAGACACUCAUCAACAUAGAGUCUUGGCCAAGGCGUCCUCUCAACUAAAACUCAGUGGAUCAAGUUUUUACAUUAGAAUGACGACUUGCCGACUUACAGUUCGUAAUAGAUGGAGAAACUUAAGACUUCAACUUAGUGAAAUUGGUUGGAGUACUCUCUCACAUGAGAAAUUAUCAUGAAAUUACUACAUUUCAAUCAAUUUUGUCUGAAAAUGAGAAGGAAAUAGAGCUACAGCAACAGAAAUUAGUCGUAUGGUAGAUCUUUAGUGAAAAGUGACAGUAUUAGG